CCCGACGCAGGAGCCUCGUGCGUCCGGAAGAGCGGCUUGGGUUCAUUUCCGUGUCAGGGAAGGGAUUUGCUUCCUAGCUGUGUUUGGGGGAACGAUGCUUCUGCGCGUGGCCUUGGGAGGGAUUCGGUUCCUCCUGCCCCUCCGUGGAGGAGGUGGUCCUCGGGGGCAGCAGUGUCUCCACCGAUGGCAGUUCCUACAAAGACGGGCACAUCAUGAUGUAGUGUCAGAAGUUACUUCCCAUUCCAGAGUGGCAGUACCACCUGUCCCCAGUGCUGUGACAAAUCGGGCUGUGGGGCGCUGGCUCCUAAUUUGCAGUGGUACUGUAGCUGGAGCUGUUGUGCUGGGCGGUAUCACUAGGCUGACAGAAUCUGGACUUUCAAUGGUUGACUGGCACCUGGUGCGGGAAAUGAAGCCUCCUCGGACCCAGCAGGAGUGGGAAGCAGAAUUCCAAAAAUACCAGCAGUUCCCAGAAUUUAAGAUCCUGAACCAUGACAUGACACUGACAGAGUUCAAAUUCAUCUGGUACAUGGAGUAUUCACACCGCAUGUGGGGACGGCUUGUGGGAUUAGCCUACAUCCUUCCAGCAGCCUACUUUUGGAGGAAAGGCUACCUGAACCGACCGUUGAAGGGUCACGUCUUUACCCUUUGUGGGCUUGUCUGCUUUCAGGGCCUCUUGGGCUGGUACAUGGUAAAAAGUGGACUAGAGGAAAAACCAGACUCCCAUGACAUUCCUCGGGUCAGUCAGUACCGUCUAGCAGCACAUCUGGGAUCUGCACUUGUCCUUUACUGCUACAGCCUGUGGACUGGACUAUCAUUGUUGCUGCCACAGCACAAGUUACCUGAAACCCGACAGCUCUUACACCUGAGAAGGUUUGCAUUUGGAACAACAGGCCUUGUCUUUCUCACUGCUCUCUCAGGAGCAUUUGUGGCAGGAUUAGAUGCUGGUCUUGUGUAUAAUUCCUUUCCCAAGAUGGGAGAGCGGUGGAUUCCUGAUGAUCUUCUUGCCUUUUCACCAAAGCUGAAGAAUUUAUUUGAGAAUCCUACAACUGUCCAGUUUGAUCACAGAAUUCUGGGAAUCUCUUCUGUCACAGCCAUCAUGGGUCUGUACUUGCUUUCAAGGAAGAUUCCUCUCCCACGCAGAACAAGAAUGGCAGUCACUUCCUUACUCACAGUAGCAUACUUCCAGGUCAUCUUAGGCAUCAGUACAUUGCUGCUAUAUGUUCCAACACCUUUAGCAGCCACUCAUCAGUCAGGUUCCCUGGCGUUGCUGAGUGUUUCUCUAUGGCUGCUUCAUGAACUUAGACGGGUCCCUAAAUAGGCCUGCUCUUUCGUUGGGUGCCGACAGUUCAGAUUUGCUGUCUCACUGUAUAUCCUGUAAGCUUCUCUGCCUGGUGUCCUGGAUUUGAACUUAAGAUAACAGAGUUGUAGAAUGACAUUUUGCCUUCUGACAUAGAGAACUUUGUUGCAAACCAUGGAGGAUGUGAGCCACCAUUUGUUGCAUUGCCCUUUUUUCUGGGUGUGGAGUAGAUAAGAUUAUUUCUAGGGUAAGAACUGCUAUUAUUUCAGCUGUAUCUCAGGUCCUGCUGAGCCAUAUGUCUUAAUAGUGAGCUAAUCUCUAUAGAGGCUGUACCUCUAUGAUCUAUGUAGGAUAAGAGUUUUGACAACUCAUACAGUACAGAAUUAUGGGAUAAAUGGGCUUGGAGUUUUGAGCGAUAACGAAAUGACAAAAUAUGAGCUACAUUUUGAGACUACUUUAAAAAUAGUAGAGCAGAUAAUUGUUUAUAUCUUGAAUUAUCUGCAGCGGUGUGCCUCAUGUUUUCUUUGAGUGGAAUGUUGUUGAUGUUUGAAUAUUUAUGCUGUAUUAUAAUCAAAUAAUUCAGAAUAAACAUUAAAUGAUAUUUAGUAAUAAA